UGGACACACUCAUCUCUCCACACUCUCCUCACCAGCGAUGUGUUGAUUUACCCCCUCUCUGAGCAAUCAAACUCUUGUGACGGAUGACUUAUUGAUCCGUGGACGUGGACAUUCCUUCCUUGUUUGGAGACGAGAAGCUUUGUUUGAGGACAUCAGGUUUGCCUGAAAGGCAAGAGGAAGGGAUGGCAACAAAGGCCCUGGAUGUUUAGACUCAGAGCAUGGUGACGAUCUCAGACUGGCCUCAACACUUGUAGGUGCUGCAUCUUUGGACUGGAUGUAAAAUUCAACGGGCAAAGAUGGAGCAGUGUUUGGUGAUUGGAAGAAUUUAAAGAGGGUUGAACCCAGUGAGGCUCCGGUUAUCAGUAUGAAUAUCUUAAGAAACAGAAAAAAUCCAUGGGUGCUCUAUGAGACAGAAGUGCCAUACAGCAGGUUUUGUGAUCCAGCCUGUGGAGUAAGUCCUGCAGAAAAAUUGAGCCCUGAGCACCUGCAGCACCUAAGAAAUGCAUUUACCCAUCCAAAAGCUGGAGCACAGACACAUGAAAACAGGCCGAAAGGAAGGAGUAGAAGGAACAGAGGAGGAAAUGAAGAGCAUGGAAUGAAAUUCGAAGAGUUCCGGGAUGUUUUGAGGUCUGUGGUCGGUCCAGAUGUUGAGGACACAUGGGUUGAAAGGUUCUUCGGUGAGGUAGAUAUUCGCUGUACCGGGGAGGUGAAUUGGCAGCAGCUUUGUUCCUACCUGCUUUUGGAGUACACUGAGAGAGAAAGAGCCUCCAUCCCCAGAGCUGCUCUCCUGGACUCCCAGCCACUGAUGAGACACUGCUCUUAUAACAAGCGGGAGCCAACAGCGCGUGUGGUUGCUGUUUCCCACCCUCCUCCGCUCCGCUAUGUCAGUGUCAGUAAGGGAGGCCAGAUCACUGUCUGGAGCAGCAGCCUACACAUCCUCAAAACCCUAGGGCUUGCUGGAGAUCCAACAGAGGAAGUGGCCAACACCAGGAGAUUCAGAGGCUGGACCACUGAUGCUGUCUCUAUGGGCAAUGUCCACAAGGUUGCCAUAGCAACCGACUGCAGGGACUUGCAUUUUGUCAAUGUCUCCAUGGGCAGUUUGUUUGAAGAUGUCCACUUGUUUGGGUUUCGUAGUCUCCCGACUGCUCUUUGUUACUGGUAUGAUGUUCAGUGUCCAAAGCGACCUUCACUGCUGCUACUGGGGGAUGAAAGAGGAGGUGUACAUCUCAUGUGGUUCCUGAACCCAUCUAAAGGUCUUUUCAAAAAUCCAUCCAAGACAGAGAAGGGCCCGCAGAGGAUCUUUUUUCCAGACCUCGGUAAACACAGCGACAUGGUCUCCUACCGUCACAUCCCCAACAUCCACCAGGAGCCAAUCAACAGAGUGAUGUUUGAGCCUGACGCCAAUGUAGUCAUGACAUCAUCAGAAAGUGACACCACCUCUGUGGUCUUUAUGAAUGUGUCACUGAAGCAGGAGCCUUAUAUUUGGAAACUUAAGCAGGGAGCUAAAUGUUUCGACUACAAUGCGUCUCUGCAGUUGCUAGUCACAGGAGGUUGUGACCGAACAGUCAGACUAUGGACUCGAUUUGUGACCACACGUCCCGUAGCUACGCUGCUGGGUCACCGCACCACUGUGUUGGAUGUUGCAAUCUACCAACCUGUUGGGCAGAUCUUCAGCUACUCCAGAGAUGCUGAGCUGAGGGUUUGGGACAUUUCCAGUCAUCACUGUUUGAAAGCCGUCUCCCUGCAGUUCCCCUGCCAGCAGCCAGGUCGAAUCCCAGAACACGGCAACUUCCCCUUCCUGUUGCUGAGCCCUCCUCUUCCUGAGCAUACACAGUCUCAUCUGGUGGUGGGAUGCAAAGAUUACCUGGCCCUGCUCAACCUGGCUGAGACAAGAAGAGGAGGGGGCGGAUGGCUGACAGAUGAAGAGAGGGAACCGGGACCAAAAAUUCAAAGUGGUCCUGCCCUCUCCUGCGCUUUGUACAACCCCGCUCUGAGACAGGUAGUGACUGGACAUGUCGAUUCAUCUAUGUCUCUGUGGGAUGUGGAGACAGGAAGGAGGCGACUUCAGAUCUUAAACACUCAUGGAGAGGAUGCCGUCACCUGCAUGGCACUAGACUCCUCCCACAAAAGACUGAUUACUGGGGCUCGCAAUGGCACUGUUAAGGUGUGGAACUUACUAAAUGGCCUUAAUUUGCACAAACUGGAGCCUGUCACCAAUUCUGAGGUCACCGGGUUGACCUGUCUCCAUGACAACAAGGUGCUGGCUGUGGGGUGGAGCCAGCGAAUCGCUCAGUAUGACAUUGCAACUGCCAAGGAUUUGUAUGUAAGAGCUGACAUGUCAUGGAAGUCCAGCGGUGUCCACAAAUCAGACAUCUUGGCCGUGUGUCAGUGCUCUGCUCUGGGCGUUGUUGCCACUGCGAGCCAUGAUGGAGAGGUCAUUAUCUGGAGGCUUGAGACGCAAGGACCAGUGCUUCACUUACAGAGACGGACACAGAAUGGAACCUUGCCCCCUGUGGACAGCCUCUUGUUCCUUCAGCAUCGGGCCAGCAACAGGAAGUUGAGGAACAGAGGUGUCCUGGUGUCAUCGCAGGCUGGCUGUGUUUGCUUUUGGAGCAUCACUGGACAGACACACGCUUACGGCCAGUUCUAUGCUCCACAGCAGCCAGGUGAGCGUGUGCUGUGCCUGAGCUCAGAUCAGACUACAAAUACCAUCCUGGUCUCCGGAGACACAGCGGGCUGGCUUCAGAUCUGGGACAUCUAUCACUAUGCACUGGACAUCCAACGCGAGCCAGCUUGUGAUCGUCCUCCUCUGCUGCAGUGUUGGAAGGCUCAUGAGAGAGCAUUAGUAAGUGUGGAAGUCCUUGAGGUGGCUGACAGAUUGUUCAUCCUCACAGCCUCGGCUGACGGCUCCGCUGGACUGUGGACAAAGGACAGUGGACACGUGGGUUCUUUUGGGCAGGAAGUGAUGUGGAAUAUCAGUGACCCAGCUACUUACCAGAGGAAGACACAGAAGAAACUGACAGAAGCAACAGAAGACACAGAGGAGAGGACUGAGAGUGACGAAACAGUGCUCAGCGAGGUCAAAAGUCGAGAGCCUGACCCCACCAACAGGGGUCAAACUUCACAGCAGGAAUGCUGUUCUGAAGCUUCGUCCAGCAGCCCAGCAGAGAAUGACCACAAGCAACCUCAGCAACCCAUGUAUCUGUGUGAGGCUUUGUGUCAAGAGAGGACACAUCUGUGUGAUGACAUCCGCCACAGCAAUCACUGUUGAUUGGCUGUUUUCGCCCCAUCAGGCGCUGGUCCUGCAGGAGAUGCUUCCACUGAGGAUUUACCCACAAUCCCUGGGGUGUGGUAUCAGAGUUUGACUGGCAGCGAAAGGCUCAGCUCACAGCAACUGGAAGGAAAAGUGAGAUUCCUACCUGUCCAGUCAGAUAUAAACGAAGAUGCAGACAUGAAUGCUGUUUUUCUGCCUUCCUUGUUUUUUUUAUAAAGUCGUCUUGAAACUCUAAAUCGAAUAUGUCUUUUUUAAUAUGUCAUAUGAAUACUGUGCUGGCACAUAUCCCUCUUCAAAACAGCCUGCGAUACUGACUGCACCACAUAGCGUUUGGCUUUUUUGUCUUAUUCUUUUUCAUCUAUUCCAAACCCUGCUCGCUUCCUGAUGUUUGGUCCAACUCUUACUUGAAAGGAGUAGUUUUGACAUUUUGGGAAAGACCUGCACUCAUACGCUGAGAGUUAGGUAAGAAAAUAGAAACCACUCUCUACUCAAAAUAUGAGAUACAGCCAGGUGACGGUUAGCUUAGAAUAGCAUAAAGACUGGAAACAGGGAAACAGCUAGUCCGGUUAUAUUCAAAGGAGAAAAAAAAUGGGGGGUUAUGUGCGAGACUGUUUCUUGCCCGAGGACGUGACCUCCCAUAAGAUCACAACUUGUCGUGUUUCCCCCUAACUACAGUUACGCUAAGUUUACUGUAACUAAUUGGCUGUACCUGUUAGCUUCAUACGUUUUUCAUACACGUGCUAGCUCGGUUUGACUUGGUGUGACUCACUGCGUCAGCCUGGUGGGGCAGGAACUUGCAUCUCCAGAAAACAGGGCUACUCACUCAACGCAUACUCAUACAAUGGUUCGUAUUAUAUAGCAACAUAAAGUUACAAACUUAACGUAAAGUUACUGAGGUUAAGUUUAGGAAAAGAAACAUGGUUGGGCAUCUUUAGGAAACAUGGUAAGGUAAACAUAGCAAGUAAAGUUACUGUGGUUAGAUUUAGGAAGAAAAAAUGGUGACAACUUACCUUAAAAUGACUCAAAGUUCAUUCAAAGUUCAUAAAGUUCUGAACACCAGUCAUGACCCGUCCUACUCUCACUCUGAUUGGCUAGUACUCGUCACCUUCGUUCCUUGGGAUGGCUAGGUUUAGGCAAGAGGAGUGGGAUUGGUAAGAGUUAGGGUAAGAACUCACCCUGGGAAAAGUCCUUGGGGAAAGUCCUGUGUUUUGUGACCCAUCCACUCCUCUAGUGUGUGUCCCUAUUGGACUACUUCCUACUUAACUCUUGUCAUCACAUUGGUCACAUGAUUGCAGACUUUCCAAAUACAAGGGUUGCACACACAUAACUGGCUCAUGAUUGUGUGGGAAGUGUAAGAGUUUUGGUGCAUUAAUUUUUCAUAGGAAAACGUACAAUCAGUGCAUGAGAACAGCCUGACCCACUUUAAGGUUUGUCUUUAACUGAUGGCGGGCUUGUACUUGUGAACCCACAGAACAUUUUUCUGUCCGCCCUGCUGGUGUUAUUGUGGUCAACAACUUUCUUGUACUGUUGGAGGAGUUUUUAAUUUUCUCUUGGCACCGCACGAAUGCAUGCCGAAUGCCCAUCUGCUGCCUGCAUGGUCCUCUUGCUCUAAACAGUAAGCAGGGCUUGUGUUUCAUCCACAGACCAAGUGCUUGCCACUCUCUUCUCUUUUCUCUUUGCUUUUUUUUAUAUGCAGAUGAAACUGAUGAAAUAUCUUCUAUGUCUGACAAUAGCAAACAUUAAACAUGUUGCUGAAUCGUCAUUGAAUGUUGACAUUAAAUAAAUAUGAUAAAGCCCAUCUGCCGUCACAGCAACCCGCUUGGAGGUGGUCGCACCUGGGCCCAACUCCUGAGAUGGUCCAUCUCAGUGCAGCUUGGCCCAACUAGUCAUGGAAAAGCAAAUCAACGUGAAAUGGUUUGACUCCGUGCAGCCAGAAGUGCCAGUGGAAGAGUUCUAUAGUGCUCUGUGCUAUUUCUGGGUAGAUACUAAAAUGUAGUCACCAAACAUCAACCCAGGCAUACUGUACAAGCAUCAGCACUCGGGUUGUUUGAAUCCUGCCACAACGUGACACUGAAGCAAAUUAAUAUGAGGCAAAUCAGAGCAAAAAUCUACCUUUUAAUUCAUUUUACUUGAAGACAUAAUCUUAUACGUAAUGAGACGUAACCCUAACCUUCUAUUUUAACCGAAACAUUCAUAGCUAGCUAGCUGCUAACACAAGUAUUGAUAUCUGUAUGCCAGUUUCAUUUGGUGGCAACCUUCUAGCGUUCUCUACAGUCACUUCCCGGAGUCUUGAGGUCACUAUGAGGUUGCCAGGCAACCAGCAAUGACCCCAGGAAGUUACUGUCUCAAUCCAAGUCUAUAAGACUGAAUUGCAAUGUUUAUUUACAAUAAUUUGCAGGUAGAAAACCUAGUGUUGAGCAAAUGCUAACUUUUAGUCACCUAAAAAAAACUUUAAGAUGGCACAUGUCUCCACAGUUAAAUAAAUUGACAGUUGUCUGCCCAGAAGUGAUUGUAGGUGUUAGCGAGACGUCUCGAUGAUUCGGUCUUGACAACAUGAACAUUCUGAGUGGGUCCCUUUUCCUGUUGAAGUGUUUCUUUUUGCAGUAGCUGACAAGGAAACUAUAAAGGAAGAAAAGGACAUGACGUUAUUGAAGCCGAUGGGGCAGGCACGACAAAUGACACUAUCACACAUCAUAUCUGUGUUGUUUCACCUUUAACUGAAAAACCUUCCAGCAGAUUGCAAAACACACAUUAUGUAAUGUUAAUGACGUUUUUUUAAUCUAAAUGUGUGUGUUUGUUUUCUUGUUACUGGUCUUCAGACAGGUCACAGAUCUGUCUCAAGAUGGCAAACAUGAUAUCAUGAUACAUAAACAAACAAGGCAGGUCCUACCUGUUAUAACUGACCUGACUGUAAUUAUAACCACCUCAGUUUAUUCUGGCUGGACUCAGUUAGGUUAGGUAGAUAUUGGCCUAACUAGAACUAGUCUAGACCUUAGUCUACAGCAGUUUGCUUCAGUAAUUUACAUUCGUACUAAUGUAAGUCAUCUAACAUUAAUUAGCUAGCACACAUAUAAGUCAUGACAAUGGUUAAGCUUCAGAGGCAACAUUUGCUACUCAGGGUAACUCAACAGAGAUAGUGCUGGCUAACGUUAGCUAAACAAAGUGCAAAUGCUAACUUAGCUCAUUGUAAACAACGUAACAAGUAGUAAGUGAUUAAGGUCCGAAUAUAUAAUAAUUUUGCGAGUAGCGCCACUUGCUGACAAUAAUAUUAAUUAAUAUCAUUUACAGUUUAAAGUUUGGUAGCCAUUGAUAUGUAUUAUACAUAUAUUCGCUAACAGGAGGUAGGUUAGCUACCUUGGACCCAACAGGGGCUGAGAUGCAGCUGACGGACAGAGCCAUAAUCUGUUUAAAGACCAAUUACAAGGAAAAUUAACACACACAUUUACAUAAAAGUAAACAUCACGUAACGUGAUUUUUUAAAUUUGAUAGAAUGAUUGAAUGAAACAACAAACAUAUGACAUGUUAUAGUGUGAUUUGCCAUGCAUGCCCUAUUGACUCCAAUAGAAGUGGCACCAAAUAAAAUGACCUUUUCUUCUUUUAUAGUUUGAUUGGUAGCUCACAGGAAGUAAACAGGGACCAAAGCUGUUGCCCUAGCAACAGAAUAGCAAUGAAACAGUCUAUAGUCCAGAACAUAUCAUUAAUUUCAGACAGAGACAGGCUAGCUGUUUCCUUGUUUCCAGUCUUUAUGUUGAACUCAGUAAGGGUAUUUAACAAACUACUGCUUUAAACAUUUUAGCUAUGUGUGUUUCCUUUGUAUUGUGAAACAGCAGCUUCACAGUACCCUAUCAGCAGUAUGAAAUUUCAUGAUAUUUGAGACUUCUGGGUCGUUCAGACAGACAUCCAGACACACAGACAUUCAGACAGACAUCUGAGCCAUCUCACCCAUUUAUCUCAGCCCAGCCCUGCAUCCUGUAUCAUCACAGGUCUGCUGAAUUGCACAAAUUGGUGACGCAGGACUUUGUGCCCUAUUUUCGCUUGCUUUCUUCCCAUAUUCGAUUUUGCAACUUCUUUGCAUGUGCUUGCCCGCUCAUCCCUAAAAAAAAAUGGGUUAUUUUAAGCACCGGUCUGGAUGUUUUAGCGGGGAGAUGGCAGGGUUUGUUUCUCUGGGAUAAAUACAAACAGACACAGCUGGGACAACCAGGGCAAGUCAUCUUUUGCCUCCUCAGGCAUCUGUAAGACAUAGUGUUGCUGAAAUGUGUUGUGUUGACAGAAGUAUCAUCUCUCCACUGAUGUGCACAGAUUCUUUGAUAUUAAGUUAUUUCAUUUCUAAACAAAAGUAUUUAUCUUUACCUUUUUUUGUGUGCAGUGGAAUAAAAGCCAAAUAACAUGUUCAUACAUUUUUUCAGGUUGUUGUCUGUGAGACAGUGGGACCUUUAGUUAAAGGGAUUUUUUUUUGCCAUGAAAGUCAGUUUGGAAAUACAGUUUCAAGAGAACACGUACAACUGACAGAAAGUUAAAAUGGAAAGCUUAUUCAGCUGUAAAAAAUGUGGCCUCCACUGGUCUGAAAGCAGACAUUUUUUACACCAUGCAUUUGGGUCAAAAGAACAACAGAAGCGUCUCUUUUUUUGUUGUUGUUUUUGUAGCUGUGUUCUUCGAAAAACCUUACAAGAGGCAUUCACUCACUUAGCCUGAGUGGGCGUGGCUUUGCGUGUGCGUGUGUGUAUGUGUGUGUGUGUAUGUGUGUGUGUGUGUGUGCGGAAGCAAAACAGAAGCUCUUUUAUGAUCUGGCUAAAUGGCAGGUUAAAGAUUCCUUUCACUAAUUUCCAACAUCAGCAAAGACUUCUUUCAGCCUGUUCUCUCUUCAGAGGGGAUAAAACACCCUGGAGAACAACUCCUAGACACUCAUGUGUAAUUUUGCCAGACUUACACACACACACACACACACACACACACACACACACAUAAAACAACAACAACACACACACAUAAACAGACGACAGAUGUUCCACGGCAGCAACAGCGCAGAUGCAGGCAGGGAAUUGCCCUUUGAGGUCUUCAUUGCUUCAGUAUAAAGCUGCUUAAGGCUUUUAGAGCUGUAACGGGCAACGAGCAGCGAUGGUGAUUUACACACUGUAUGUUUUCACAGGAAUCAGAGAGGGAGAGAGGAAAGAAAAGGUGGCUUGUGAACGAGGGGAGGCGUUAUUUCUCCCUGCGUGUUUCCUCAUUUGAAGUUGUGCAAGAACUUGGUUUUUUUCUCAAGCGCUGCCUCUUUCUGAACUUGCUUCUCUCUGUAGAUCAGCGUGACAGGGAGAAAAGCAGGGGAUUCAUGUGUGGGAAACUGCAGCAGGAAGGAAAGUGCAGCUGGGAAUUUCUGCCUGGAGCAAAGCAGACUGGAGGUCUGUGGCGAAAAAGACGAGAGAAAGGGAGGAGAAGGGGAAAGAGAAGGGAGGAGAGAGGUAGAAAAGAUGGCAGAGGAGCAAAGGGGAUGAUGAAAGAUUGAAGCAGGGAUGACAUGAAGCGUGAGAUGGGAGGAGGAGAGAAGACUUGAUGUGAUGAAGGAGGAGCGAAAGUGCACUUUACAUAAUGAAGAGACUGGAAGAUGACAGAGGGAAGGGAAUCUUGUCCUCACACCUUCGCCGGAUGUCAA